GUUUGCGGAAGCUUGGUUACAGCAGCUGGCUGGCGGCUAGUGACUUUUUUGUGCAUGUCUUAGCUGUGUUUUAGAAUUCAAGAUGAAUCUACCAAAGGGACCAGAUUCUUUGUGUUUCGACAAGGACGUUUUUAUGAAGGAUGACUUUGACGUCGACCAGUUUGUGGCGGAGUGUCGGAAGCAGGUCCAGCUGGAGGAGAUGAGAGAGGACCUGGAGCUCUACUAUAAGCUGCUGAAAACGGCCAUGGUGGAGCUCAUCAACAAGGACUACGCCGACUUUGUUAACCUCUCCACCAACCUGGUGGGGAUGGACAAAGCCCUCAAUCAGCUUUCUGUGCCAUUGGGACAGUUACGAGAGGAGGUGAUGAGUCUGCGGUCCUGUGUGAGUGAGGUUAUUCAGGCUAUAGACAGUCAGCUGUCCAAACAAGAAGAUCUGCAGAAAAAAAAGGUGUGUGUAUUGAGGUUGAUUCAGGUGGUGCGCUCUGUGGAGAAGAUUGAGAAGAUCCUCCACUCACAGAAUUCCAAGGAGUCCAGUUCUCUGGAAAUCAGCAGUCCCUUGUUAGCAGGUCAGAUCCUAGAGAGGAUUGCUACAGAAUUCAACCAGCUGCAGUUCCACGCUGUACAGAGCAAAGGCAUGCCCCUACUGGACAAAGUCAGACCUCGUAUCGCAGGGAUCACCUCCAUGCUGCAGCAGUCUUUGGAGGGCCUGCUGAUCGAGGGUCUGCAAACAUCCAAUGUGGACAUGGUGCGUCACUGCCUGAGAACGUAUGCCACCAUAGACAAGACUCGAGAUGCUGAGGCCCUGGUAGGACAGGUGCUGGUGAAACCAUACAUGGACCAGGUGAUAGUAGAAGAGGUGGUGAAGUCCAGUUCGAAUGGUCUUCAGUUAAUGUACUCAAGACUGUUGGAGUUUGUUCCUCAUCAUUGUAGACUGCUUAGAGAGGUGACUGGAGGAGCCAUAUCCAGUGACAAAGCUGACACGGUGCCAGGUUAUGAUUUCUUGGUGAACUCUGUGUGGCCGGAGAUGAUCAGAGGGGUAGAGGAGAGGUUGGCCUACCUCUUCAACCCUGGAAACCCCGACAUAUUCUAUGAGCGCUACAGCGCGAGUAUGGAGUUUGUGCGGAAGUUUGAGCGUCAGUGCAGCUCGCAGGCCAGUGUGAAGAGACUGAGAAUGCACCCCUCGUAUACCAGCUUCCACAACAAAUGGAACCUGCCCGUCUACUUUCAGCUACGGUACAAGGAAAUAGCAGGAAGUCUGGAGAACGCCAUAAGUGAUGGACUAGAGGCAGCACCGGCUGGCAGUGCAUACCACCUGCAGGUAUCUGAGGUGUUGUGGUCCUGUCUUGUUAGAUGUUGGUCAGACAAAGUCUACUUGUCACCUCUGGCACACCGAUUUUGGAAGCUCACGCUGCAGCUCUACGCACGAUAUGCCAAGUUUCUUGACGAGGUGCUUACUAAGUCUCCAGCCCCUGAGGUGACUAAAGAGCCAACCAGGCCUCUGCCGAGCUCAGCCUCCUCCACCUCCAGCCGAACAUCAAUGGAUGAGGGCGGCAGUGAGAGCGGCAGUCCCGCCUCCCUGUCCACCAAGCAGCUGGUCUACAUCGCAGCUGAUAUCCAAAAGCUACAGGAACAGAUACCAGAGUUGUCAGAGAUGGUCAGACAGCGGUUAGAAGCCAUUGGAUUCAAAAACUUUGCUAUUGUGGAAGAUGCUCUGUCAGACUCCGAGGCUUGCCUGUCAAGUAGCAUUCCCACUCUGAACACCAGGAUGACCCAGCAUCUCACUGAACGCUGUUGCCGCUUCCUGAAGAGUGCCUCUGAGGUACCACGACUCUACCGCAGGACUAAUAAGGAUGUGCCGGUGCGUGCAUCAGCCUACAUGGACAACGCCUUACGCCCCUUGCAUCAGCUGCUGACCGACUCAACGGGGCUGGUCAACCCCUCCACAGCACAAGAGUGGCUGCGAGUUGCACUGUCUGAGUGCACGCAGAGGUACUAUGAAACCAUCUCAGAGGUGCUGAGCUCAGUGAAAAAGAUGGAGGAGAGUCUGAAGCGACUGAAGCAAGCCAGAAAGGGUGCGACCGCCACAACAACGGCAGGAGCAAACGGUGGACCCACAGACGACAGCAAGAUCCGGCUCCAGCUAGCACUGGAUGUGGAAUACCUGGGAGAACAGAUCCAGAAGAUGGGUCUUCAGCCAAGUGACAUCUCCAUGUUCUCCACUCUGAUGGACCUUGUGAAUGAGGCCCGAGAGCUCCCAGAACAGAACCAGUAAAAUGUUGACUCCAUCUUUAACUGACACCUGUCAACAUGCUUCACGCAACCCUGCAUUUUCUGGAGACUUGUGAAGGAAAAUAAACGUUUGUCCUGGUCACAGUCAUGGUCCGGUAACAGCUUAGAAUGAUCAGAACAGAAGGAAUGUAAGACAAGAACUGACACGACUGACACUUCAACCUUUUGUACAAAAACAUCUCUACUUAAUGCAGAUUUUAUAGCCACAGUGCACAAACCUUUCAACCUGCUGGAGUUGCGUCUGAUCAAGGUCUAAAUUAUUGAUGGAAGCAGCAGAGAAACUGCUGUCUGCGAGUGAGACUGGGUCGUCAUUGGUUCUGCAAACUGAACAAAAGGGGCUACCUGGUACUGCGUUCAAGGUAUGUUUAUGGACUGCUCUGUGGACAAGUGUACUGAUUGUAAGAGUCUGAAGUCUGAGUUCUAAAGAGAGAACGUCAGUUAAACAAUAUUUGUCAAAUUUCUGCUACUUGGUGAAGGAUUCAUCUCAAAUAGAGAACUCGGUUAGUGUGGGACAUGUACAUUUUUGUUCAAAUCAAAGUUAUAUAAUAUAAUAACAUAACUGGAGAAUAAAAUAAAGAACUUUGG